GACCCUCAGGAUCCCGCUCUGCAGCCGCCCUCUCCCCAGGGCUGGGGGCUGCAUGUCCCCAGGGGCCACUGCCUGCAGCCUCCAGGCAGGGAAGGAGCAUCCUCAGGGCCGCCUGUGAGCGAGGGGGCAGCAGGGCUGCAGGGAGCCGCACCGGCAUCCCCCUAAAACCGACCCGCUGCAGCCCGGCAGGGGUCAGGGGGACCUGGCUGUGCCCUGCGGCGUGGGUGGGCCUGACCCACCGUCACCCUCCGCACGGCGACGGCACCGGCACCGGCACCGGCACCGGCCGAGCAUCCGCCUCCCGCUCCGCGUUGCCAGGCCAACGCCGCGGAGGAUGCUGCCAGCCCCUGCGCCGGGGCUGCCUCCGCAGCGUGGCGGGCAGCCUGCCCCACGCCUCGUCCAUGGGGGGCACGCCGCCGCCGGCACCCCGCCUGCCUCCCCGGACAGGGCCGCAGGGCUGGGGACCGACCCACGGCUGCUUCCCACUCGGGAGCACCGGCACAGACCGCAGCCCAGACAGCCCCUGGCCAGCCCUCGGGCGGCAUGGCCCACCAGGACGGCGGGCGGGGGCUGCAGCCACCCGUACACGUAGCCCCCGAGCUGGAGUGCAAGAUCUGCUACAGCCGCUACGACGCCCGCGCCCGCAGGCCCAAGCUGCUGCGCUGCGGCCAUCGCCUCUGCGCCAAGUGCCUGCGCAAGAUGGUGGCGCUGGGGAACGCAUCGCCCCGCCAGCUCCGCUGCCCCUUCUGCCGCCAGCACAGCCCGGUGCCCGGUGGGGACGUGCAGCAGCUGCAGGACGACGGCGAGGCGCUGGCGCUGCUGACAGGCCAUGAGCGGGCCAAGAAGCAGGGUGUCCCCCGGUCCCCCGAGGUUCUCCUCUGCCCCAGCGUACUGGAGCCCACGGCCGGCCCCGACUGCCUGGUCGUCACCAUCCUGGAGGUGCCGGAGGACGUGGCCCCGCCGGAGGGCCUGGGAGGGCUGGAGGUGGUGCGGCUGUACCGCCCCGCCAGCCUGGGCACGCUGCCCUGCCACGGCCCCGGGCAGAAGUGCCGCUCCUGGGGGUGGCGAGCCGUCCCCCGCUUCAUCCUGGGCGUCCUCUGCCUCCUCUACUUCAGCUCCCUGCCCUUCGGCAUCUACCUCCUGCUCAUCGAGCACCACAGCCUGGGCAUCGUCCUGGUCAGCCUCGUGCCCUCCACCCUCCUCCUCUGCAUCGUCUACAGCCUCUGCCAGUGUCUGUGCCGAGAGGUCUUCGGGUUCCCCCACUCCUGACCCUGCACGGCUGAGCCCUGUGCCUGCGCUGGGAAGGCUUUGGGCACCUUGGAGCGUUGUUCCUUGUGGGUACGGGUGUUCCCCGAACCACGGCUGACCCACAGCGCGGAGGUCUACCACCUGGACCACUGGGAGAUGCUCAGCGCCUGUUGCCUGGGGGAUGAAGGGAUGGCGAGCAGCCCUGCCGAGGAGGGCUCAGGGGUGCUGCUGGAUGGAAAGCUGGAUGUGGGCCAACGAUGUGCGCUCACGGCCCAGAAAGCCAACCCCAUCCUGGGCUGCCUCAAAAGCAGCGUGGCCAGCAGGGUGAGGGAGGCGAUGCUGCCCCUCUGCUCCGCUCUGGGGAGACCCCACCUGGAGUAUCGCAUCCAGCUCUGGGGCCCCUGGCACAGAAAAGACAUGGACCUGUUGGAGCGAGUCCAGAGGAGGCCACAAAAAUGAUGAGCGGGCUGGAGCACCUCUGCUGUGAGGACAGGCUGGGAGAGACGGGGAAGAGCCUGGAGAAGAGAAGGCUCCAGGGAGACCUUAUUGCGGCCUUUCAAUACUUAUCGGGGGCUUAUGAGAAAGAUGGGGACAAAUAUUUGAACAGGGCCUGUCACAACAGGACAAGGUUUUAAGCUAAAAGAGGGUACAUUUAGACUAGAUAUAAGGAAGACAUUUUCUACAAUGAGGGUAGUGAAACGCUGGCCCAGGUUGCUCAGGGAGGUGGUAGAUGCCCCAUCCCUGGAAACGUUCCAGGUCAGGUCAGACAGGGCUCUGAGCAACCUGGUCUGGUUGCAGGUGUCCCGGCUCAUGGCAGGGGGGGUCGGACUAGAUGACCUUUAAAGGUCCCUUCCCACCCAAACCGUUCUAUGAUUCUACAAUUCCCUUGCAGAACAGUGCAGGCUUUGCCGAGGGGGAGCCCAGGCUGGAGCGGCUGCGGGAGCUCCUUGCAGCCUACGAGCAAUUCAGGCCGGACUCUUGGUUCCUUCUCCUCCUCCUCCUCCUCCUCUACCGCAGACAGAGCAGGAGCUGUGCCGAGAGCACAGCAGCAGCCAGGAGACUGAUCCCAGUUGGGGAAUCGCGAGUGCUUGGAGCCUGGCAGGGCCCCGGCAGCUGGCCACAACCCAGCGCCGGCAGGAGGAGGACGGGCAGAGCCCGGGGGCUCCUGCGGCCGGACUGGCACCAGCACGGCUCCGUGUCCAUAGUGUAAAUAGUUCUGUCCGUGGCGCCCGUGCUCCUCGCAGGGCUGCUCCCAUCGCAUCCGUGUUUCUUUCCCACAUGUGUGAGUCCCGUGUUCGCCGACGCUGUGUACCGUAGAGGGGAGGAGCGGAGAAGAGGAGUUUCUUUGUGUGUAAAGACGUCUUUGCAGCUGUUUUGUAGUCGUUGUGGUUUUCAUGCGGAGCCUCCGGGCUUUAUUUAACCUCCUUGGGUUUUGUUUUGUAAGGAUUAAUUUAACACCGCUAACCAUUUUAUUACUUUUAUCAAGAAGAGCAAAGUCUAUUUUUGAUUUCUGUUUCCUAGUUCUCAGGCACAUUAAA